AGACUGCGGCAGUGCAGGGGUGUGCUCCCUGCUGCUGGGCUUUGGUGGGCAGACCGCGGGAAUGCUGGAUAUCCAGCUAUCCUGCAUCCCCAUCCCCUCCCUCACCAAGCAGCCCAGCUCCUCCUGUGGCAGUUGCGGCUCAGGGGCUGAGCUGGGUUUAAAACCAACCCACAACCUUGCUCUGAAGCUGGGUGAGGGUAUUUUUAACUGGUAUCAGUGCCCUGAGUCACUGGGACCUGGCACGCAGCUGCCCUGGCACAGCCAGUAGUCCCAGGGGCAGCUGGACAGGGCAGAAGAUGCCACCUGGGUGAGACAAUGUCAGAGCUGCCUCUGGGCUCACCCUGUGGGGGCUUUUCGGGGAGGUUUUAGCCUUGGGGUUCACCUGGUGGCCGUUGGGUGCAGAUUUAUGCAGAGUGGAGUCAGAAAAGCCUCCUCUAGGCUGCAGGAAAUACCUUUGUGCAUUGUAACAGCUAAAUCUGGUGGGGAAAAAUAGCCUUUGGGAAAGGCAGGAAGUAUAUGAGAGUUUCAAUGUGUCCUGGGCAAAUAGGUCCCUGCUUCUGUAUGUCCCAGGACGUGGAAGAUGCCUGUGGGUAAAGAGGCGAAUGCCCGUUCCCAGCCCGCUGAGGGCAGGCCAAGCACGCAGAGGAUGCGCCAGGUGGCCAACAGGCAGCCCGAGGAAGCGCCUCAGGGCAGCCCGAGCCAGGCCUCGUCCCACCAUGGGAUCACGCUGCCACGGGUGCCCUACCCGGAGAGGUUUCAGCCUGUCGUCAACCAGCAGGCACAGGUGGGCAGCCUGGGGCACCGAGUGGUGCUGCCCUGCACCAGUGGGUCAACACAGGAGCAAACACCCCGUCUGCCAUCAUUGGUGGCAAUCGCACCCCGGCCACCACCUCAUUCAGCAAGAGCAGCUGUCAGCUACUGCGGGCUGCAACAUGUUCCACCAGCAGCCUCUCCACCUUCUGGCAGUGUCAGCGACUGGGCCAUCGGCAGCUCAAGCAGCAGUCAGUGUGCCCGAGAGGUCCACAGCCUCUGCCCCGACAAGUAAGACCUCAGACAUCAUGAGUGCAGUCGUGCGCAGGUACAGCACUGGGAGCCAGGGACCCUGGCAGCAGCCAGCAGCAUGGCAGAACCCAGCACAAAGCAGGGCUGCAGGGACACAAACAAGAAGAGACACUGUCCGGGUGGCCAACACCAGCAAGGCCCCAGCCACUCAGCCCUCACUGCGGAAUGCUGGGCGAGCAGCAGAGCAUGUGCCAGCAAUGCCGGCGGCUGGCAGCAAGGGCAGCCUCAACAGCAAGUCCCUGGGGCUGCACCAGAAGGUGUUUCCCCAGCGCCUGCCCCCACUGCCCAGCAAGAUCAAGCCUUCAGAGCAGCCAAAGAAGAGCUGCCUGGCAAGAGCUCAUGAGAAGCACCAGGCACCUCUCCCUCCAGUGGCACUGGCACGAGCGUCCCCUGACUUUGGCAAGCAGGCACCAGCACAGGCACGGAGACAGGCACCUGCCCCGCAGAGCACCAAAGUCAUGGAUGCAGCUCUGCAGGUGACAGCCGUGCGCAGAGGGAGGAAUCGUCUGGUCCAGUCUGUGGCUGUGGUCCAGGGAACCAACCAGCAGCGAGUAGAACACCAGGACAUGGCCCAACGUGAGGAUGUGGCAAUGGCAGCACUGUCCCAUGCAGAAGCAAAGGACAUAGAGUCUCCUGUGGCUGCAGGACCUCAGGGACAGGCCAGCAAAGCCCCUCUUGUCCCAGCAGCAGGCGAGGCUGGAAAAGAUGUGGUGUCUCCCAUGUUGGGAGACCAUCAAGAACAGGACAGCAGAGCCAUUGUCUCCUCAGAAGCACACAAGGUGGAAGUGGCAGCUUCAUUGCCUGACAUCGCUGUGGCAGAUGCUGGAACAUCCCAUCUGCAGAUGGACCUGCAGAGUGUGUCUCCUGCCCCAGACGGUCCAGCAGACAACGAGCCUGCAGCUGCUAGCCCGGCUGGAGCUGCUGAGGAAGAGCAGCACCGCGCAGCUCUCGCUGCCGUAGCAGAAGAGGAGGAGGAAGCAGCACCACCAGCUUCCCAUGGCUUUGAUGAGCUGGAGGCAGAAGCAGAGGUGCAAAGAAAGGCAUUUGCCCUGCUCAGCCCCACAGCCUCUGAGCUGGUUCGGCAUGAAAUAGCCAGGCGCUUUGUGAGUGGCAUCAUGUGCAAGGCUUUGGCUGUAAUCCAGGAAAUGGAUGAGCAGCCUCAGGAACACCAGGAGAUUGACAAAAGCCAAGUGGACGUGUCAAAGGGAGCAAUGAAGCCUGCAGCACUUGAGGACAUUGAGUCUCCUGUGGCUGUAGAGCCUCAGGCAGAGCCCAGCACAGCCCCUCUCAUCCCAGAGGCAGGCGAGCUUGGAGAAGACAUGGUGUCUCCCAUGUCUGGAGAACACCAAGAAGGGACCAAAACAGUAGAUGUCAGCCCAGCUGCAGAGGAAGAGGAGCACCGUGCAGCUCUUGCUGCUGUGGCACAACAAGACGAGAAGGCACUGGCACCAGCUUCCCACGUGUUUGACGAGCAGGAGGCAGAAGCAGAGGCCCGGAGGAAGGCAUUUGCUCUGCUCAGCCCCACAGCCUCUGAGCUGGUUCGGCAUGAAAUAGCCAGGCGCUUUGUGAGUGGCAUCGUGUGCAAGGCUUUGGCUGUCAUCCAGGAAAUGGAUGAGCAGCGUCUUGAACAGGAGGACAUGGCCCAAAGCCAUGUGGAUGUGUCCAUGGCACCAAUGACGCCUGCAACAGUUCAGGACCCAGAGUCUUCUGUGGCUGUAGAGCCUCAGGCAGAGCCCAGCUCAGCUCCUCUCAUCCUAGUGGCAGGUAAGGCUGGAGAAGACAUGGUAUCACCCAUGUCUGUAGAAGAUGAAAAACAGGACAGCAGUUCCAAUGUCUCCUUGGCAGAACAUGAGGAAAAGGUGUCAACUUCAUUGCCUGAGAUCCCUGUGGCAGACGCUGGAACACCCCAUCUUGCUCCUGGAGCAGACGAUGAAGGAGAAGCAGCAGCUUCUCUCCCAGCUAAGGACUCUCAGCACCAGGAGGAGCCACUGGCCUUGCCCGCGAAGGAGGAGAAACAGUGUGUUGAGGACAUUGACAACAUGCUGUCCCAUGUAAAGGUCGUAAACGUACACAACAUCUGGGUCAACCACUUGGUGCCAGAGCUCUUCCAGGAGCACCGAGUGGAUAUCCAGAAGGGAUCCAGCAUCCGCAGCAGCAUGCGGGAGGAGAGGCAGCCAGAGACCUGCAGAGCGUGUCUCCUGCCCCAGCCGGUCCCAUGGACACCAAACCGGCAGCUCCGACCCUGGCUGGAGCUGCUAAAGAAGAGGAGCACCACGCACCGCUCACUGCUGUGGAACAAAAGGACAAGAGCCAAAACUUAGAUGUGGCCAUGGCAGCACCAUCGCCUGCACCAGUUGAGGACUCUGGAAAGGCUGAGCCUCAGGGAGAGCCCAGCACAGCCCCUCUCAGCCCAGCAGGAGAUGAGGAUGGAGAAGGCAUGGAGUCUCCCAUGCCUGGAGACCAACAAGAAGAGGUGAGCAGAACCGUUGUCUCCCUGGCAGCAGACGUGGGAGAUAUGGCAGCUUCUUUGACUGAGAUCCCUGGGGCAGACGCUGCAACACCCCACCUUGCCCCUGGAGCAGAUGAUGAAGGAGAAGCAGCAGCUUCUCUCCUGGCUCAGGACUCUCAGCACCAGGAGGAGCCAGUGGACUUGCUUGAGGCGGAAGAGAAACAGUGUGUUGAGGACAUCAACAACAUGCUGGCCCAAAUGAAAGUCAUAAACAUAUGCAACAUCUGGGUCAACCACUUGGUGUCACAGUUCUACCAGAAGCCCCAGGCUCAUAUCCAGGAGGGAUCCAGCAGCCCCAGUGGCAUGGGCGUGGAUGCGGCAGGAGAGGCAGCCGGAGACCUGCAGAGCGUGUCUCCUGCCCCGGCCGCUGCAGUGAACACCGAGCCUGCAGCUCCUACCCUGGCUGGAGCUGCUGAGGAAGAGCAGCACCGCACACAUCUUGCUGCUGUGGAACAAGACGAGAAGGCACUGGCGCCAGUUUCCCAUGGCUUUGACGAGUGGGAAGCAGAAGCACAAAGAAAGGCAUUUGCCUUGCUCAGCCCAACAGCCUCUGAGCUGGUGCGGCAUGAAAUAGCCAGGCGCUUUGUGAAGGGCAUCGUGCAUAAUGCUUUGGCGGUCAUCCAGGAAAUAGAUGAGCAGCCUCAGGAACACCAGGAGAUUGACAAAAGCCAAGUGGACAUGUCAAAAGGAGCAAUGAAGCCUGCAGCACUUGAGGACAUCGAGUCUCCUGUGGCUGUAAGCCUCAGGCAGAGCCCAGCACAGCCCCUCUCAUCCCAGAGGCAGGCGAGCUUGGAGAAGACAUGGUGUCUCCCAUGUCUGGAGAACACCAAGAAGAGGCCAAAACAGUAGAUAUCAGCCCAGCUGCAGAGGAAGAGCAGCACCGUGCAGCUCUUGCUGCUGUGGCACAAGAAGACGAGAAGGCACCGGCUCCAUCUUCCCACGUGUUUGACAAGGAGGAGGCAGAAGCAGAGGCCCGGAGGAAGGCAUUUGCUCUGCUCAGCCCCACAGCCUCUGAGCUGGUUCGGCAUGAAAUAGCCAGGUGCUUUGUGAGUGGCAUCAUGUGCAAGGCUUUGGCUGUCAUCCAGGAAAUGGAUGAGCAGCUUCUGGAACAGGAGGAUGUGGCCCAAAGCAUGGAUGUGUCAAUGGCACCAAUGAGGUCUUUAGCAGUUCGUGACAUGGAGUCUCCUGUGUCUGCUGAGCCGCAGGAAGAGUCCAGCAUGGACAAGCAGCAGACAGCAGCACAGGCAUCUGCCCCAAGGUGAUAUACGGUUAUUGACAGAGCUCUGCAGGUCUCAUUCAGGCACAAAGUGAGGAGAGCACCUAAAAAGCAACAGGGAGAGGCCAGCACAGCCACUGCCUCCCCGCCAUUACAGAAGGAUGAACUGGCAGUGUCUCCUGCAGCUGUUCACGACACCGAGGACGAGCCAGGUAUGUCCCUGAGUCGAGUGGAACACAGGCCAGGCUGGCUGCAGCGUGUGCACGAGUUCGGCCGUGCCCCGGCCUCCCCUCCCUGGGCGAGGGCUGACAGCCUUCGGUGGAAAGCCCCUGCGGAAAGCCCUCGGUGGCACGUGGCAGCAGGAGCUUGCUCGGUGCCCGCCCAGCCCCGCGCCUACAUCUCUCCUUCCCCUGCAGGCAUCGCUGCCCUCCCAGGCGCAGGAGCAGUCCAAUGGCGACGACCACCCCACUUCAGAAGGGUGCUGAAGGCUCUGCGCAGGGCUUUCCGCUGCUCCUGCAUGAACCCGCAAGUGGAGGACUAGCGCCCCGCUGCCAGCUCCAGGCCCGAGGGAGCUGCGCUGAGGACAUCGUGCUGCAGCCUGCGCUCGCUGUGGACACUUUCUCGGGCCAAUAAACCAUAUCCCUUUCCCCCCA